AUGACCUCACGGAUUGACAAGACGAUUGCUCGACAGCGAGAGAAGAUCGCAUCCGGAGCUUAUUACGAAGCUCACCAACAACUACGGGUCAUUGCCGCACGGUACAUUAAACAGAACAAUUAUGAUGCUGCGGCAGAGAUAUUGGCUGGCGGCGCUACUGCCCUCCUUAGGGCUGGAUCGCAACAAGGAGCUUCAGCCAGCGGAGGUGACCUAGCUAUCAUGUUGGUGACUGAGGUAUAUGUCAAAGCAGGCUGGGAGAUUGUGGGGGGUGAUGAUGAUGCGGAGGGGCGUGCUCGUAAGAAGCGUUUGAUUGAACUUCUACGUGAAUUUCCGUCAGAGGAGCCUACACGAAAGAGGUUUAUCCAGGAAGCGAUUGGGUGGAGUGGAAGGUUCGGAUCAGUGGAGCGAGGAGACCCCGAGUUGCACCAUGCUGUCGGAUCUGUAUACGCGGAAGACCAAGAGCCCUAUGAAGCUGAAAAGCAUCUUGUGCUGGGCACCUCCGAGUCAGCUGAGACGUUGGCGAAACUUGAGUACGAGUGGUAUACGAGCGACGAGCCGCAUACAGCAGGCAUUUAUGCAGCACGUGCAGUAAUCCCUUUUCUACUAAUUGGCAACCUGCGCAGUGCCAACAAGGCGUUCUUAAUCUUUACGUCCCGCCUCAGCUCCGCAAACCCGAGCCUUGGAGUGCAAGAUGUCAGCAGUGCCACCUCUGAUGUUCGGGUUUUCCCUGCGCUCCCAUUAUUAAACUUUCUCAACAUGCUGCUGCUCGCUAUUCAACGAGGAACAGCGGAUUUGUUCAAGCAGUUGACCGCGCACUAUGCUACGCAUAUCAAAGAGGCCGGGAUCCUCGAUGAUGCGCUUCCCCAAAUCGGCGAGCAGUACUUCGGGAUCAAUAUCCCUAGGCAGGGAAAUCCGCUGUUGGAUAUGAUGGGCAGCAUGUUGUUUGGAGGUGGACAGGAUAGCGGUAGAAGGUCGGCUUCAGGAAGGGGUCAGUCAAGAAAAGUCGAAGCACCGCCAUCAAAUAUGGAACUUGACUAGACAGCCCGGUGCACGGUGAAUACAAUUAGGGCAUUAGCAGUAUCCAUGUGGUAAAUGGGUUGUCAUGUGCCGUUGACACAUAUUGUCGCUAUACACGCGUAUCGGCUUCGGGCUCGUACAUCCAGUUGUCUUCAUCCAGUGCGGCGACCUUAUUUCUAAGACUCUGGUAAAUGAGAU